AAGACGCCGAGUGGGCAACACGUUCUCCUCUGUCAGAGGGGGAGAAGCGGAGGAGAGGCGAGGAGAAGCGGAGAGAAGCGGAGAGAAGCCGAGGAGAGCAGCCGAGGAGAGCCGGACUUUCAUCGGUCAGAGAAGCUUUUCAGACCCGCUUCACAGAGAUGUCAGCCCGGUAUUUCCUCAGCCCGUGUCCGCCUCCCGAGCUCCGGGGUUCGUCUGUGUGAGCGCGGGAGAGUCGGGGAAGAGUCGGGGAAGAGUCGGGGAAGAGUCGGGGGAGCCCGUGAGGGGGAGACUGUGAGGGGUGAGGCGGGGUCUGUGAGUCGGACCCCGGGGGAGCCAGCCGGUGUAGAGCCCGCGGAGUCCCGGAGGAAACUACCCGUGAAUCAGAGGUCCGACCCGGGCUGAGAGGAGUGAGGCUGGUGCUGGAGGUGUGAGCAGGACUAAAGAUGUUCCAGUUGCCAGUGAAUAACCUGGGCAGUCUCAGGAAGGCUCGCAGGAACGUGAAGAAAGCUCUGGGAGACAUCGGCCUCGACUUCGCCAGAGAACAUCUGGAUGACUUUAAAGAGUUUGAGCCUCCAGAGAUCUAUGUCAAACAUACGACAUGGGAGGACAUCUGCUCGUGGGAACCUUCUCACACCAAAGUCCAGGACUACCGGUCGAAGCCGUUCGUUUGCUCAGGCUGUGUGUUCUCGUCAAAGUACUUUUCUGCUUAUAAAAGUCACUUCAGGAAUGUCCACAGUGAAGACUUUGAGAACAACAUCCUCCUGAACUGUCCCUACUGCACCUUUAACGGCAACAAGAGCACUCUGGAGACACACAUCAAACUGUUCCACAUGCCCAGCACGGCCCCCCGCCCUGGGACCACCGCACCCGGGGUCACAGGGGUCACGAAGGACGCCAUCAAGACUGUGGGAGACAAGAUGGAGCAGGCAGUGUACUAUUGUAAGAAGUGCACGUAUAAAGACCCUCUGUACAACGUGGUGCGUAAACACAUCUACAGAGAGCACUUCCAGCAGGUGGCACAACCCUACAUCGUCAAACCAGGCGAAAAGAGCGCCGCCUCUGGCAACUCCACCAACAGCGCCAACAGCACCCAGAUCCACUGUAAGAAGUGUUUGUUUGUGCCGCGCACUUACGAGGCACUGGUCCAGCACGUGAUCGAAGACCAUGAGAGGAUCGGCUACCAGGUGACUGCCAUGAUCGGACACACCAGCGUGCUUGUGCCCCGCCCCAAACCUGUCACCAUGGUGACUCCUAAACCGCUGCUGGAGAAGACCAUCAUCGGCAUGGGGCCGAAGGGUGCAGUCAUGGCUACCACACGCUCCCUCUCCUCUCCGCCACUCGGACGCACCGCGGCGCCUAAACCUGGUAUAGGCUCCGCCCCCAUGGGCUCUAAGGCUCCGCCCCUGAACAGCUCAGUGCGCCUCACAUUGCCUGGAAACGCACACGUCUUUGUGCCGCAGCAGUCUCAUGCCGCCAAGGCGGCGCCCGGUGGACUGCGUGCGCCCAUGCUCAUGACAUCGUCGGUGAAGGCCGGCCCCCUCGGAGCUCGCGUCCAGCCGGCCGCCACCACGGUCGCAUCAGUGACGCCAAAACGCGGCUCCGCCCUGGGCACCUCCUUCACGCAGAAGUGGAAGAUCUGCACAAUCUGUAAUGAGUUGUUCCCAGAGAACGUCUACAGCGCUCACUUUGAGAAGGAGCACAAGGCAGAGAAGGUGCUCGCCAUCGCCAACUACAUCAUGAAAAUCCACAACUUCACCAGUAAAUGUCUGUACUGUAACCGAUACCUGCCCAGCGACACUCUGCUCAACCACAUGCUCAUCCACGGCCUGUCCUGCGCCUUCUGCCGUGCCAACUUCAACGACGUGGAGAAGAUGGUCGCUCACAUGAGAACGGCGCACCCCGGGGAGACCGCCGCCCCACGCACAGACUCACCUCUGACCUUUGACCUCACGCUGCAGCAGGGAAACCCCAAGAACAUCCAACUCCUCGUCACCACCUACAGCCUGAAGGACGCUCCCGAGGAGUCUGUGGCUUUCCACGCUCAGACCACCUCCUCUCUCUCCUCCUCUCUCUCCUCCUCUCUCUCCUCCUCCCUCUCCUCUUCUCUCUCCUCCUCUCUCUCUUCUCUGUCCUCUUCUCUCUCCUCCUCCCUCUCCUCCUCUCUCUUGUCCAGCCGUAGAAUGCUACCUCUAUCCUCGAAGCUCUCCUCAGAUCCUCCUCUUCGUGGCGUGACUCAGGCGGCGGUUCCUUAUAAACGAGACAUAGGAAAAACCCUGUGCCCUCUGUGUUUCUCUAUCCUCAAAGGGCCCAUCUCUGAGUCCCUCGCCCACCACCUCAAGGAGAGGCACCAGGUGAUCCAGACAGUUCACCCAGUGGAGAAGAAGCUGACAUACAAAUGCAUCCACUGUUUGGGCGUCUACACCAGCAACAUGACGGCGUCCACCAUCACGCUCCAUCUCGUGCACUGCAGAGGCGUGGGCAAGUCACAAACUGGCCCCUCCCCCCGCGUUCAGGCCCUGCCCACUGCCACCAAGAGACCAAAUGGUGGCGCCGCUACAAAUGCCCCCGCCCCCAAACGUCGCAGAGGGCCGCCCGGGGAGAAGGCGCACCCCAGGGACGUCAACGCGGUCCUGUUCCCCGACGAUCCAGACGAGCCUGUGGUCUUGGCUCUCGACCCUCGUGGCCUCGAGAACAAAUCAUACGACGUAAAGAAGGCGUUUUUGAGCCGCUACUUCAACAAAAUGCCAUACCCGUCCCACCGCGAGAUGGAGAGGCUUGCCACGCGUCUGUGGAUGUGGAAGUCGGACAUUUUUAACCAUUUUGUGAAUGAGAGAAACCGGUGUGCGCAGAUGUGUAAAGGUCAGAGUGCUAACGUGCUACUGGGGUUUAGCAUGGAGCAGGUUAGUGAGGUACGCCACCCGCUAACGUUUACUCAGAGCGGGAACUUUAAGGGACGCGAGGGACCAAACCGGACGUCACGGAGGAGGAUCGGAGUUUCAGAGUCGAGGAAGAGGGCAAAAGGAAAACUGAGCUGUGACCCAAUGAGGACGAUCAAUAACAACACACAGCCAAUCAGAACGCAGCUACAACAACACAACACCUUACAGCCAAUCAGAACACAGCAACCUGACACCUUACAGCCAAUCAGAACACAGCAACCCGAGACCAUUGCCAUCGACUCAGACAGCGACGAAGAGGAGACACAGCGCGGUGGCUACACUCUGAAUUUGAGGGCGGGGAUAAACCAGGGGGCGGGGCCAGAGUACGAAGAGAUGGAAGACAUGUCGGAGGAGGAGAGCGAUGAUGGAGAGGAGGAGCAGCACAGCGGCCAUGUUGGAAACGGGUACGGCGUCCUGCAGGGGUCAAACCGACAGUCUGUGCCGAUCAUCAUCCCCAAGUUUGUGCCAUCGGCACGAAGUGGCAAACAGCAGGUCUGAACAACAUGGAGGGCGAGUCGCAACGUGGAGGGUUGUCAUUCCCCCAAUUUGAGUCAACUACCCAAUCUGCGUCAGUCAUGUUAGAUGUUGUACGUUAUGUCAGAUAAACCUGAGUUCUGCUUCAUUUAACUGAAAUCGAGUUUAUCAAAAUAAACCUCAUAAAACUUUAUUUACAAAAACUCAGUUCAAAUUCCGCCUGUGACACAAACACAUGAAAUAUUCACCUCAGAUCAGAGCCUCCAUGUUUGUCUCAUCUGUUUGCUCUAUGGGUGCGUUCACACAUAGUCUUAGACGUAGACUUGGUUUAGUCCUGGUUAAGUCCUAGUUAAAUGUGCUGUUAACAGUGGGCUCAUGUUCACCUUCAGAUAAACACAUUUAAACUGACUGUUACAUUUAGUUUGCCCUUUUGUGUUGCCGCAAUAAGUGACAGGUGUUGAGGUGAGGUGCAGAUCCAAUUUUGACACAAAUUCGGCUCUGAUUCAAACUGGGGGAAUGAUUCACAAUAUGGAAGACAAUUCACAACUGCCGACCUGCCUCAAGGGACACGGGACAAAACCCUGGGAGCCAAACGGUCACACGGACUUUAUUUAAGUCAAAAUUUUGAGUUCCUCAGACGAACGUGGACUGUCUCAUUCUCUAUUUUCAUCACAAAUCUCAAAUCAAAUCCACAACUGUUUUUUCCCCUGAUCGUUUGUCAGAGACGAGCUCAUUAUCCUGCUGUAUUUCUCUAACCAUGCCGCAUCUGGGAGAGCAUCUGACACACCACAAUAUCUGCAGAGACAUUUGACCUGCCCCCAUCUCAGUCUGACAGGGAUACAGCAGGAUGGGAGGGCAUCUGACACACUCAUUGAGCCUGAGGGACAGUUUGAAGCUGGGGCUGAUCUCAGAGAUUAAAAACAUUCUGUUAAAAACCAAAAGGAGGACUGCUCCUUCAUGGCGUCGGCCAUCUUAAAUACUUUUGCUUUGGUCUGGCCUCGUAAUGUGUACAGUAUUUUAAAUGUUUCUGUGUUCGACCUCUGACUUUUGACCUGCGCCCCCUGCUGUGGCUGGAUCUCCAAAGUUUAAUGUAUAUUUAAUUUUUUUUGUUUGUAAAUGAAUGUGUCUCUUUCAGUUGAUGUUUGACCUCAUUGCUUCACUGCAAAAAAAACAAGCUGUGAAAUGACUGAGCUUGUCCUGUCCAAUUUUAAAGUUUAAAGUCUUUCUGGACUGGAGGCAAAAGUGAAGAGGAACCGGUGAUUUCAUUAGAAAGUUCUGAAUGGGCUUCACUGAUAAAUCCAGACCAAGCCAGAGCCAAACGUGAUCAUCCAAUCAGAUCAGUUUAUUUCAGUGACGCAUGUGAGUGGAAGCAGCUCAUUGGUCACUCAUCAUUUACAAACAAAACCACAUUCCUCUCUCUCAGACGAACACUUUAGUUCUUUUUCAGUUUGAUAUUUUUGUUUCUUUCUAUUCUCUUUGUGAGCAGCCAUUUUGUUUUGAUACAAACAAACGUGUGUCCCUGAUUGGCUAAUCCAACUGUCAAUGAUGCUCAUUUGAACUUUCACAGUGACCACACUCACAUGUUCAGAGGUUUCUGGCAUGUGUUUUGGGUUGUUCCACUUCACUUUUGCCUUUUCAGAAUUUUGAACAAAAGUCUGAAUCUAAACUGAAUAAAUCUGUUAUUUUUGUGAAUGUUUCUUUCUCUUGUUUCUUUUCUGCAGAACAAAACCUCAGACACUUUUGCACAG